AUGCCUUCCACAAAUCCCAUUCCUAUUCGGACUGACCUGGUUUUUCGACCAGUACCCAGCGAGAAAGGCAAUGCUUCCUCUCCCAAGUCCUCGACGAUGCACAGUACAAGACAUAAGCAUACGCGGUCUUCUUACUCGGAGAGCUCACCUCUUACUGCUAUGUCCAGAAACAACUCUCUGACCUAUCGCCCUCUAAAACGGUCAACACCGUCGCCAGAUAAGACCAUUGCUGUUAUUAAUGCAAGUGGUCGCCAAGCUGCCUCUUUAAUUCGGAUAGCUACCGCUGUAGGCUAUAAGGUACACGCACAGCUGCGCAAUCUGGAAGGUGUUAUAGCUUCCGAAGUAUCGAUGAACCCGAAUGUCACAGUCUUUAGCGGAGAGCUCUAUGUUAGAAACAAGCCCGACGAUAAAAGGGACGUUACCGUUCACGGGCACCUCCCAGGGAUUCUGGUCAAUCACGCUUUAAUCUCCCAGCUCUUCAACGGCGCACAGCUAGCUUUCAUCAACACGACAUUUUACGGCAACGAAAUACAUAUAGGACAAGCCAUUGCGGACGCAGCAAAAAAGGCCGGCGUCCAGCAUUAUGUAUAUUCAUCCAUGCCCGAUCACGCAGCCUAUAAUCCAGAAUGGCCCUCGCUACCCCUUUGGGCGGCCAAGCAUGAGGUAGAGAAAUACGUUCGCAAAAUAGGUUUACCAGCUACCUUCGUCUAUACCGGAAUCUACAACAACAAUUUCACGUCGCUCCGCUAUCCGCUAUUCUGUAUGGAACUACAGCCAGAUGGUUCGUUCGUGUGGCAAGCCCCUUUCCACCCGCACGCGAAGCUUCCCUGGUUGGACGCCGAGCAUGACGUUGGGCCAGCUAUUAUUCAGCUCUUUAAAGAUGGACCAGAAAAAUGGAAUGGGAAGCGCAUAGCGUUAGCUUACGAGUAUCUGACGCCCGUAGAAGCCUGUAAAGCGUUCGAGCGAGGGGUAGGCAGGCGUGUCCGCUAUAAGCACGGGCCCAUAGAAGUAAAAGUGAAGAUUCCAGAGGGUUACCGAGAACAGCUUGAGGCGCUGGAAAAGCUUUUCCCGCCAAAUAAUACCGACCCCAAGAAGCAGCCGCCGUAUUUUGGAGACCUGGAGCUCGAUAGAAGAUGUCCCGAAGAUGCUUUAGCAUUAUGGGAAGGGCCAAGGGGGCUCGAAGAAUAUGCACGCGAAAUUUUCCCACUCGAAGAAGAGGCAAACGGGAUGACUUGGAUGUUUGACGGUGACGAGGUCCCUAUAUUUGACGGCCCAAGAGAGGAAAUUGAAGAGGUGGCUGAUAAUGGAGAUGAUGAGGAUGGUGAAAAUGAUGACGAAUCCUUAGAUGAAGGGUUAAUAAUGAGAGGACUUAAGAGAGAUGAAGAAUCAUGGCUAGCAUAA